AUGGCAAACGAUGACAGAAAACUUAUAGCUGGAGUAGAUUUAGACGAGUAUAUUAGCAAGAAAAAGGGUUCAUUAAUCAUUUGUCAUAUAUAUCNGAGAUCAACUAUGGCCAAGGAAACAAUUCCAAGGCAGGGAUGCAAUGGGAAGAACAAGAAGAUGCUGACUUCUCUUCAUCAUCUGGACAAUUCUCAAAUACCAAAUCCCCAUCUAGCAAACGGGCAACCGAUGUCUGGUGAUAUUCCAUAUGCUACUUCUGAUGCUCAAUCUAUGCAAACUACAUCAGGUCCUAUGGCUAAUACAAAGCAACCGGGUCUUGAAAGUGAUGAAGAGAUAAGGAGAGUGCCAGAGAUUGGAGGGGAAAGUGGUGGAACUGCAGCCUCUCGGCCGGAAGCUGGUUCAAAUGCUGGUGCAGAACGUGCUCAGGGGACGGGAGAGGGUCAGAAGAAGAGAGGGAGAAGCCCAGCUGAUAAAGAAAGCAAGCGGCUUAAGAGGCUAUUGAGGAACAGAGUUUCGGCCCAACAAGCGAGGGAGAGGAAGAAGGCUUACUUGAUUGAUUUGGAAACAAGAGUCAAAGACUUGGAGAAGAAGAAUUCAGAGCUCAAGGAAAGACUUUCUACUUUGCAGAAUGAGAACCAAAUGCUUAGACAAAUAUUGAAGAACACAACAGCAAGCAGGAGAGGGAGCAAUAGUGGUACCAAUAAUGCUGAAUGAACAUAAUGGCAAACGAUGACAGAAAACUUAUAGCUGGAGUAGAUUUAGACGAGUAUAUUAGCAAGAAAAAGGGUAUAUUAGCAAGAAAGAGCAAAAACAAGUAAUUAAACAUUAGUUUUGAUGAUUCUUUUCUAGGUGUGCUUUUGUAAUACAGUGAAGUAAAGGAUGAACCUCAACACAUGUUUUAUCCUAAAAUAUUGUAAUCUGAUGUUCCACUAUUUAUGAGUAAUGUAAUUAUCAUACAAAAAAUUUUAGUCUCCUUGUA